UUUCCUAUUUGUGUUUUUUUUUUCCCAUGUCAUGGAAUUCCAACGCAAAAAAUCUCUCUACAACUUCAUAGACGAAGAGACAAACACAAGCCAAACUCCAAUCCACCUCACCAUCGGAACCGAUUAUGAAAUGUAUGAACAAGAAGAACAUCUGCAACUAAGCCCUUCAUUUCCUUCAAGCCCUAAUCCCACAAUGCUUAAACAACUACUGCCUCCACCAAGCCCAGAAUCACCAUGGACACUCUCUCCUUUCCAAACCCCUUCCCCUGCUCUGCUCUACCAUUGUAUCGCUUCCCUAUACCGUCAAGAAGGAACAAUCUUCUCCAUUGCAAUCUCAAAAAAUGUAGUCUUUACCGGCUCCGAAAGUAGCCGGAUUCGCACAUGGAGGCAACAGGAUUUCAUGGAAUGUGGACAUCUCAAAGCAAAGACUGGGGAGGUAAGAGCCAUUUUAGUUCAUGGUAACGUGCUUUUCGCCACUUAUAAAGAUCACAGAGUCCGAAUGUGGAACUUCGCAGCUGAUUCGGACAAUUUCCGAUGCAAAAAGAUAUCCUCGAUUCCCAAAAGAAGUUCAUUUCCUUCGUUCUUUAAGACAAACAACCACCAACAACACAGGGAUUGUAUCUCUUGCUUGGCUUAUUACCAUGCCGAAGGUCUUUUAUACACCGGCUCGCACGACAGAACAGUUAAAGCUUGGAAGAUCUCAACAAUGAAAUGUGUAGACACAUUCCUUGCACAUGAAGAAAAGAUUAAUGCCUUGGUGAUUAACCAAGAAGAUGGGUGUGUUUUCACUUGCUCAUCUGAUUGCUCUGUCAAAAUUUGGAGAAGACUAUACAGAGAAAACUCGCACACUCUCACUAUGACACUGAAAUUCCAACCUUGCUCCGUCAAUUCAAUAGCUUUGAGCUGUUCGAGGAAUUCAUGGUUUCUAUACUCUGGUUCCUCGGAUGGUAACAUUAAUUUUUGGGAGAAAGAGAUGAUGUCCUGUAGGUAUAACCAUGGAGGAUUUUUACAGGGUCAUCGUUUUGCUGUUCUUUGUUUAGCAACUGCUGGGAAUUUGAUAUUUAGCGGCUCUGAGGAUACGACGAUUAGGGUAUGGAAAAGAGAGGAAAGAGACUGUUUCCAUGAAUGUUUGGCAGUGUUGGAUGGACAUAGAGGACCAGUGAGAUGCUUAGCAGCUUGUUUGGAGAUGGAAAAUGUUGUAAUGGGAUGUUUGGUUUACAGUGCAAGUUUGGACCAAACGUUUAAGGUUUGGAGGGUUAAGGUUUUGGUUGAGAGAAAACACUGCUUGGACCGUAUGGACCGAAAUGAUUCGAGGACCAAAGCUGUGGAAUAUGAGAUGAACCCUGUGCUAUCACCUUCCUGGGUACAAAAGAAGCUUCAAGGCCCAAUGCAUCAAUGAGCUGAGAUUGGCUAUCUUCCGUAUUGCACAUCUAAAUUAGAUGAAAGAUGAAGGCUGUGGCAGAGUGCCACAUGAAAGUAUAUAAUAAAUUUAGUUGGAAAGGUACUUUUGUCAUAUUCCUGUAGGCUCUGACAGCUAAUUUGAAUUUUAAUUCAUUUUCAUAACCAAAUUUUAGCAUAUGUAGUCUACCUAAUAUCCAUUCCUAUAUUACUUCACAUAUUGUUAAUUCCCUCAGCUACCAUAUUAACAAUUGCUUAUCUUAUCUUGGGUAUAUUUUUCGAAGCCCUGUUGGGCAAUGGCCCAGGCCCUCUACCAGCUAAUUUGUCUACUUGUCCAUCGUUUUGUUGUUAUUAUUAAAUGUUAUAAACCGAUUAUGUUUUAUUA